AUGUUCUCCACGUUGAGCAGCUACAUAUACUACCCAGCUCUACCCUUGGUAUCGAAAGAUCUAGGAGUCUCAAUCUCCCUCGUCAACUUGACAGUGACAUCGUAUCUCGUCGUCGCUGGUAUAGCUCCGUCGUUCAUGGGGGAUCUCGCUGAUAGUAGUGGGAGGAGACCUGCUUACAUGCUCAUGUUCGCGCUCAUGCUCAGCGCCAAUAUCGGUAUUGCUGUGCAGAAGACGUAUGCGGGCCUCCUUGCCCUUCGCAUGGUUCAAAGCGCCGGCUCAUCGGAUCUUGCGCUCAGCCUCGGGCCAGUCAUUGGCGGCGGAAUAGCAGAAUCCCUUGGCUGGCGCUGGAUCUUCUGGUUCCUCGUCAUUUGGCAAGGGUCCCAUUUUGUGACUAUGCUUCUUUUCGUACCGGAGACCCAGAGAAAGAUCGUAGGGAACGGCAGACGGUUCGUUGAUUAUACGUACAAGCAAACUAUGCUGGAACUGGAGAGGGAAGAUGUGGUGUCUAGCAAGGAGUCCCUAGAGUUUCCCGAGUUCCCCCUUGAGAGAGCUCGACUCCGGGCAGACUUCUUUUACAGGUUGCUGAGAAGCUAA